CAAAUCAACACGAGAGGAAAAAAAACAAACGCGAACCCCCUCUGCUUCCUCGUUCUCCUCCCCCGAUUGCUCUCGAUCUGCCAGCGCGAGACACCAUGGCCGACAAGGCGUCUCCGGAGAAGAAGUCGUGGGCCGACGUCGAGGAAGAGGAGGAGGCCAAGGCAAAGGCGGAGGCUGCCGCGGCGGCGGCGGCGUCCUCGUCCUCCUCCACCUCCGAGCCGGCGGUGGAGGCGCAGGCCAAGCAGAUCGAGGCGCUCUCCCUCGCCCCGCCGGAGGACGACGCCGCCGGCGAAGAGGCCCCGCCUCUACUUGAUGACUCUGACGAUGCGCAAAUCCAAGCCGUGACUUCGGGCGGCACGGUGUAUGAGUCGGCCACCACGUUCGAGGAUCUGAAGCUGUCGCCCGAGCUGCUCAAGGGGCUGCACGACGAAAUGGGUUUCAGCCGCCCGAGCAAGAUCCAGGCGAUCACCCUCCCCAUGAUCCUCACGCCGCCUUACAAGGACCUCGUUGCGCAGGCGCACAACGGCUCCGGCAAGACCACCUGCUUCGUCCUUGGCAUGCUCAGCCGCGUGGAUCCCAACCGCAGGAUCCCCCAGGCCAUCUGCAUUUGCCCAACUAGGGAGCUCGCCCAGCAGAAUAAGGCGGUUCUCAUGAGGAUGGGCAAGUUUACUGGCAUUACAUGUGCAUGUGCGAUCCCACCAGCUCAAAAAGAUUAUGUGCCAGUCUCCAAGAUGCCACCAAUUAAUGACCAGAUUGUGAUCGGCACAUCUGGGACACUCAUCAAGUGGAUUACCAAUAAGAAGGUGGCCACAAGGGAAAUCAAGAUACUUGUGUUUGAUGAGGCGGAUCAUAUGCUUGCUGAGGAUGGCUUUAGGAGUGAUUCUGAAAGGAUCAUGAGGGAUAUACAAAGAAGCGCUGGUGGUUGUCAGGUGCUUCUCUUUUCUGCAACCUUCAAUGAGAGAGUGAAAGAUUUUGUAACAAGGGUCAUUAAGGAUGGAAAUCAAAUAUUCGUUAAGAAGGAAGAGCUUACUUUGGAAAAAGUGAAGCAAUACAAAGUUCAAGUCCCUGAUGAGGCGGCAAAAAUAGAGGUUAUAAGGGACAAGAUCUUUGAGUUUGGACAAAAAGUUGGCCAGGUUAUCAUAUUUGUUAGAACAAAGCAAAGUACUAAGAAUGUUCACAAUGCUUUGACAAGAGAGGACUAUGUGUGCUCCUCAAUUCAAGGAUCCCUUGACCAAGCAGAGAGGGAAAAGAUAAUACAGGAAUUCAAAGAUGGGUACACUAAGGUUCUUAUAUCAACUGAUGUUCUUGCUCGUGGUUUUGACCAAGCACAGGUCAACCUGGUUAUCAACUAUGACAUGCCAAUCAAAUUUGGGACAAGAGAUGAGCCUGAUUAUGAGGUGUACUUGCACAGAAUUGGCAGAGCUGGGCGCUUCGGCCGGAAAGGUGCUGUGUUCAACAUGCUAUGUGGUGAAACAGAUAAUGUUGUGAUGAAGAAGAUUGAGAACUACUUCCAGCACCAAGUACCUGAGGUGCGAAAUUGGAAAAAUGAGGAAGAUUUUGAGACUGCACUCAAGGAUGCAGGUUUACUAUGAGUAACCUCCUCAUGGUUAGCUGUUGCGCUCUCCAGAUCAGGACAAUUCGCUGGUGAUUGUUUGUCGAGCCAGCUGCCUGCUCUUCUCCUCAUCAUGGUGUUAGCACCUGUUUGCUUAGGUGGCAGAAAGUUCUGUAUGGUGUUUUGUGUAUUAUGUUAAAAGACUCGCCUAUACUAAGGGAGAGUUUUUCUUUGCCGACCUACUGUUUGGUGGAGUAGCGCCAGUCAUCGGCUUUACCAUUUGAAACUGUAAAUUGAGCUAAACAGUAAACUAUCUUUGCCGUCGAUAUGCAUCAGUUCUGAAUUCUGAUGGUUUGAACACCUGUA